AUGUAUGCGCGCACUUUCCAUGGUACGUACGAAGAGGAGCGACGCCACUUCAUGACCACAUUGCACGCUCAGAUUAACAUCCUCCAGGACAACCAUAAGGGGAGCCGAAAGAUGGUUGUCAAUUCUCUGGCUCUUCUGCUCCUGCGAGUUGAGGGCCUGAGAAUGGCGGGACAGGCUCGUUAUAACUACGACAACCCUAAUUGGACUGCCAAGUGCAACAAGCUCUAUGAGCGGGUGCGCUAUUUCAGAGAUACUCUUGCCAUGGACCCGACCAGCAUUCACAGAGUCGCCACUGAGAUCGAGAGCAUGAUGAUCUUUCUAGACUUUUGUGUCCCUGCGGAUAUUGAGCACAGGAUUUCGCCUGAUCGGGGUGACCGGAGUGGUGCCCCUUCGCCUGAGCCUAGGCGUUGA